AAGGCGUUUGGUGGUGACACCGUUUUGUUUUCCUUAACAAAAAGGUGCGUAUGAACAUUGAGGUACCCUACCGUGAAUAUCGACUGGUGCGCAUCUCUAGCGAUAACAUUGCCGGCGAAAAUGGAAGCGGAUCAAGCUGCAAGCAAAGAAGCCGAAUCAUGCAUCGACCUCCUGGUGAUCGUGCUGGACACGAACCCCUCGCAGCACAUCGUGCGCCAGAACCCGCAGAACCUCACCCAAAUCCUGGAGGCGGUGAUUGCCUUCGGGAAUGCGCACCUGAUGCAGAAGGCCCAAAACAAACUGGCUGUGGUUUCCUGCUCCCAUCAUGCCACAAACUUCCUGUAUCCGCUGCCCAGACGGCAAGUGGAGCUGCGCCAAGUGGAUGGACAGUACGAGGCCUUUAGUCUGGUGGAGAAGACAGUGAAGCAGCAGCUGGGCAGCAUCCUGAUGAACGCCCCCCGGCUCAGUGCUCCCUGUGAGAGUCUUCUGGCCGGCAGCAUGUCCAUGGCGCUGUGCUACAUAUCCAGGCUCCAAAGGAAUGUGGCUCCGGGCGUGAAGAUGCAUUCCCGCAUCCUGGUCAUCACCGGCAGCAACGAGUGCGCCUCCCAGUACAUGACGUUCAUGAACGUCUUCUUCACCGCCCAGAAACUGGGCAUCACGAUCGAUACCUGCGCCCUGGACAAGACGCUCAGUUUGCUCCAGCAAGGCUGUGAUAUUACCUCCGGCCAGUUUCUCAAGGUCACCCAGUUGGACGGCCUGCUGCAGUACCUCUUGUGGGUCUUUCUGCCCGCCCCGCAGAUCCGCCACAAGUUGGUCCUGCCGCCACCGCCCAAGGUGGACUACCGCGCCUCCUGCUUCUGCCAUCGUGAGCUCAUCGACAUCGGCUACGUCUGCUCGGUUUGUCUGUCAGUCUUCUGCAAGUACAGUCCCAUAUGCACCACUUGCCACACCAUUUUCAAGAAUCCCGGUCCUUUGCCCAUUAAGGGCAAAAAGAAAAAGAAGACCGACAAGCAAAUGUAAUUGCAGCAGUAGAAGAUACUGGUUACCAACGGGAGCAGUAUGUUAAAUAUAAAGUUCCAGCGGCAGCUGCGCGGAUGCACCAUCCUCCUGCGAACUCGGGUAUAUAGAGGCCACCUCGCGUUCCUGCUGUUUCCGCAGCAGUGCAUCCAGUUUGCCCUCGAUUUCAUGGCGGGAUUUGCCCUGUUCCGGCACCGUCUCCAUGCUGUCCUUGAGGCGAUCCUGUGCCAGGUUGAUCAGGGACUUCAUGUUGAUGGCUCCAUCUGACUCCAGCAUGCCGCACGUCUGCUCCGUGUCCCCGAAAUUGUUCACCAGGGCGACGUACUUGUGCCUCGUGAGGAGCGCCGCCCGCAUGUUCUUCCACCUGCUGCCGUAGACACUGCCGUAGAAGUCAUCAAAGUUCUCCAGCGCCCGGUCGCAGUUGUUCUUCCGGUUCUGCAGCACAUUCCAUCGCUUCUUGGCGCCGCUCUUCCACCUCCUGGACAGCAAACAAAUGCUCCGCACUUUCAACAUUUUGCGCAAUUCGUUGAAACCGGCAAAGCAAACUGAUUACAUGAAAUCAUAUGUUUCUGCGCGACUAUCGACUAUCGAUAGUUGACUGUCUUUUGGCGCCCCUGGUUAUCGGAGUUCAAACUGUGAUAAGCGAAAGGUAAGUUGGCUCUUAGAUGUUACAAUCAAUUUCGCAACCUUAUCACCCAAUCACUGUAAAGUAUGAUCACCAUAGAGCUUCAUCAUGUUCAUCACGGUUCAUAUAUCCAAAAUAUUCGAUUUCGAACAGAUCUUCUGUUUAUAGGCGUGUUUAGUAUACACCUACAUAUCUGUAACUUAAUGCUCUGAGAUUCCGUGGAAUGGCUAAAUAUAAACAGGGAAAAUUGGGUCAUUCACCCAGUGUUUCCAUUGAAAUGGAGGUUGACACCUAUUCGCCCUUCCCCUUAAAAAACGCCUGUGCAUCCACUAAGACGUCGCUUUAUUUGUAGACAACUUUUGAAAUCAAGAGUGUUAAGUACAUUAGGCGGGCUGAAGUGUUUAUCCGUAAUGGAUACGGCUACUAACUAUUGGUUA